UACAGGCAAGUUCCAUUGUUAAGCCACACCCCCUUGCCACGCCCUUUUAGGCCCCGCCCACACACCCGCCGGCAAUGGGGGGGCUACAGAGGCGUUCCACUAUUAAGCCCCGCCCUAACCACGCCCCUGCCACGCCCUUCUAGGCCCCGCCCAUCGCCCCCUACCCCCGGCGGCCGCCCCGGCGCCGCGUCCCGAGCGAUGGCGGCGAACCGGGUGGGGCGGCGGCAGGGCCGGGGGGCGGCCCCGGGCCCGGGGGGGCUCUCGCCGGGCCGGGGGUCCCCGGGGGGGCUCUCGCCGGGCCGGGGGGGGUCCCCGGGCCGCAGCCCCGGAGUCCAGCGGCGCUCGGCGCGGGUCACGGUCAAGUACAACCGGCAGGAGCUGCAGCGGCGGCUGGACACCGAGCAGUGGAUCGACGGCAGGCUCGGGGAGCUCUACCGGGGACGGGUACCGGGACCGGGAACCGGGGAUGGACCGGGAACGGGAUUUUUGAGGAUUUCCAGCAUUUCUGGGGAGCCCGAUUGA